GUCGAUGUCACUAGUCCGCGCCAUUUGGUUUCCAUAGUAACGGGUCGCCUCGGAAAGAAGCCCGGGGACGCGAAGUGUGCGUUUCCAUGGCGAAAGGGAAAGGCAAAACCAAAGGCUCAAAGGGAGGGAGGGCAAAGAAGGGCGGCAGCCGAGGCAGUAAGUCGGAAUCGAAGAGUUUGGAGAAGGAGCCCGAGGCCCUCAGGGCGAGAGCUGCGGCGGCGCUAUGGGAGGCCAGGCUGGAGGUGACGGAGGUCUCCCGCAAAGAGUACCGCGAUGCCGCCCGGCGCCUGGCUCGCAACAACGAGGAGCUGGAGCUGCAGCAGCGAAAGCUGGAGAAAGACACGGUGGAGGUGAUCAGCUUCCUCAAGAGGCAGGAUUUCGAGAAGGAUGAGCUGCUUGAGAAAAUGAAGCAGCAGAUGAAUGAGUUAAAGCAGCAAGCCAAAGAAGAAAAUGAAAAAGUGGCUGAGCAGUUCACCAAACAGCUGGAAGAGAUGGAGGAGAAAUUCCAGAAAAAGGCUAAAGAAAUUGGUCUUAUUCAGAUUGAACUGAAAAUGAUAAAGGAAUUUCGUAAAGAGAAAGCAAGCAUGGAGAAAGAACUUGAAGAUCUGAAAGACAACUUGGCUUACACAAAAAAAGAACAUCAGGAGACAAUGUGCAGGUUGGAAAGAAAGUUUCUUGAAGAAAAGCAACGAUUGGAAAGAGAAGCAGAGAAGAAAAUCAUAAUGCUGGCAGAAAGGGCCCACCAUGAAGCCAUCAUGAAGUUGAACAAAGCAGGAAGAGCAGUUUUUGCAGAGAACAUUCGUCUUCAUGAGGCUCUCUCAAAUCAUAUGAAGGAAACAGAAGAAUUACAAAAAUCCAAGGAAAAAUUGGAAGAGAAAAAUGCUUUUCUCUUGCUAGAGACGGAAACAAAAGAAAUUUUAAUUCAGGAGAAGAUCCAGCAAAGUACCAAACAUAAAGCACAGAUUCAGGAGCUGGAAGACAAGGUGAAAAAACUGGAAAUUGCUCUUUGUCACAUGGCCACAGAAUUUAAAGCAGAAAUUAAAAAGACUCAACAUACAGCUUUGGUAAAGAACCGGGCCGGUUAUAUAGAAAUUGAGAAGCUGCAGCAGCUGUUGGAGAUAAAAGGGAGAGAGAUGUGCAGAGUGAAGAAACUGGCCAGAAAUAUUUUGGACGAAAGGACUGAGGUGGAAAGAUUCUUUUUGGAUGCUCUGGAACAGGUGAAACAGGAGAUCAUGACCAGCAGGAAGUGCUAUAAGCAGGUAGCCCAAGCUGCUUAUCAGAGGAAAAUGAUGGCAGCAUUUGCAGGGAAAGACGAAUACCCUAAAAUCAGAACCUUUAAUGACAACAUCCACAGCACAAAUAGCGUGCACAAGGACCUUCAGGAAGCAGAGAAAUGGACCAAUAUCCAGAAGGGAAAAGUAGACAUUUCUGAAUUGACCUGGGAGCAGAAGGAGAGUGUGCUGCGGUUACUUUUUGCAAAGAUGAAUGGCCUGCGUAGCCGGAAACAUAGUCAAGCUUUGGUUCCUGUAGCCUCGUUUACCACUACCAAAAGCAAAUCUAGGUCAGCUGAUGCUAUUCCCAGCUCAACUUUCAUUACUCAGCAGGCUCCAAUGACUGAGUCAACCACACAUAAAACAAACCUUCCAGAUAUUCAGAUUAUACCACCCCUGCUAGAGUAGGGUGGCUUUGACUUAAACAGUUGACAUCAUGAAAGCUUUCUCCCCGUGCCUUCCUCCCAGGACUUCACAUCCAUAAAGAUAAUGAUGCUGCAACUAUGAAACUGCAUAUUUAUUUUUUUCAUGUCAACAUGGAACAUAAAUUUGAAGUUUAAUGGAAAUUAUUUCCGUGACACAGAGCUCAGUUUUUUUUUAAGAGUUUGUAUUCAAUGACUGUGAUUCCAAAAUAAAAUUUCGGCAAAAUA